GUCUUAGACCCGACCAGUUCUCAAGGUGCUCCAGGAACCAGGAGUUGAAGACCAGGGUCUGAGUUGCACUUCUAAAGCCAGCACAGCAGAGGAGGCGCAGGCAGUGCUAGGAGUCAAGGUUCCCACUGAACAAACGCCCUAGGAAGACAGGCGAUCUGUGAAGCCUACAGUACCAUCUUAAGAGAAGGAGAGUUGUAAGGCAGCCUUUUGUCAGAGUCAUCAUGGCAGACAAGGAGAAGCCUGCUGCUGGGAUGCCGAGUCUUCUCCAGAGUUCUCCUGAGAAUCUUCAGAGUCCUCCUGAGGGGCCUGACCAGUCUCCUCUCCAGAGUCCCGUGAGCUCCUUCGUCUCCUCUUCAUUGAGUCUUCAGAGUCCUCCUGAGAGUCCUCAGAGUCCACCUGAGGGGCCUGACCAGUCUCCUCUCCAGAGUUCUCUGAGCUCCUUCGUUUCCUCCACUUCACUGAGUCUUCCCCUGAGUUUCCCUGAGAGUCCUCAGAGUCCUCCUGAGGGGCCUGCCCAGCCUCCUUUCCAGAGUUGUGUGUGCUCCUUCUACUCCCGUUCAGUGAGUUUUCUCCAGACUUUCCCUGAGAGUCCUUGGAGUCCUCCUGAGGGGCCUUCCCAGUCUCCUCUCCAGAGUCCUGUGAGCUCCUUCUCAUCCACUUCCCUGAGUCUUCCCCCGAGUUCCCCUCAGAGUCCUCCUGAGGGGCCUGCCCAGCCUGCUUUCCAGUGUUGUGUGUGCUCCUUCUCCUCCAGUUCAGUGAGUUUUCUCCAGACUUUCCCUGAGAGUCCUUGGAGUUCUCCUGAGGGGCCUUCCCAGUCUCCUCUCCAGAGUCCUGUGAGCUCCUUCUCAUCCACUUCCCUGAGUCUUCCCCUGAGUUCCCCUGAGAGUCCUCAGAGUGCUUCUGAGGGGCCUGCCCAGCCUGCUUUCCAGGGUUGUGUGUGCUCCUUCUCCUCCAGUUCAGUGAGUUUUCUCCAGAGUUUCCCUGAGAGUCCUUGGAGUUCUCCUGAGGGGCCUUCCCAAUCUCCUCUCCAGAGUCCUGUGAGCUCCUUCUCCUCCUCCCGCUCUUCCCAUUCCUUCCACUCGUCCCCCUCCACCCCCUCUUCAUCAUCCUCCUCCUCCUCCCCUCCCUACCCCUCCUCCUUCUCCUCCUUCUACCCCUCCUCCUCAUCCUCCCCCCACUCCUGUUCAUUGAGUUUUCUCCAGAGUUCCCCUGAGAGUCCUCAGAGUCCUCCUGAGGGGCCUGCACAGUCUCCUCUCCUGAGUUUUGUGAGGUCCUUCUCCUCCAUUUCACUGAGUUUUCCCCCGAGUUCCCCUGAGAGUCCUCAGAGUCCUCCUGAGGGGCCUGUGCAGUCUCUUCUCCUGAGUUUUGUGAGGUCCUUCUCCUCCAUUUCACUGAGUCUUCCCCUGAGAUCCCCUGAGAGUCCUCCUGAGGGGCCUGCCGAGUUUGCUCUCCAGAGUUUUGUGUACUCCUUCUCCUCCACUUCACUGAUUCUUCUCCAGAGUUUCCCUGAGAGUCCUCCUGAGGGGCCUUCCCAGUAUCCUCUUCAGAGUCCUUCCUCUUCUUCCUCUUCACUGAGUCUUCUCCAGAGUUCCCCUGAGAGUCCUCAGAGUCCUCCUGAAGGGCCUGCCCUGUCUGCUCUCCAGGGUCCUGUGAGCUCCUUCUCCUCCAGCCCAUUGAGUCUUCCCCUGAGUUUCCCUGAGUGCCCUCAGAGUACUCCUGAGAGGCCUGCUGAGUGUGCUCUUCAGAGUUUUUUGUGUUCCUCCUUUUCCUCCACUUCACUGAGUCUUCUCCAGAGUUUCCCUGAGAGUCCUCAGAGUCCUUCUGAGGGGCCUGCCCAGUCUCUUCCACAGAGUCCUAUGAGCUCCUUCUCCUCCCGCUCCUCCAGUUCAUUGAGUCUUCUCCAGAGUUCUCCUGUGAGUCCUCAGAGACCUUCUGAGGGGCCUGCCCAGUCUACUCUCCAGAUUUUUGUGUGCUCCUUCUUCUCUGACUGUUUGAGUCUUCUCGAGAGUUCCCCUGAGUGUCCCCAGAGUCCUCCUGAGGGGCCUUCCCAGUCUGCUCUCCAGGGUCCUGUGAGCACCUUCUCUAGUCCAUUGAGUCUUCCCCCGAGUUCCCCUGAGUGUCCCCAGAGUCCUCCUGAGGGGCCUUUCCAAUCUGCUCUCCAGGUCCCUAUGAACGCCUUCUUCUCUAGUCCAUUGCUUCUUCCCCCGAGUUCCCCUGAGUGUCCCCAGAGUCCUCCUGAGGGGCCUUUCCAGUCUGCUCUCCAGGGUCCUGUGAGCACCUUCUCUAGUCCAUUGAGUCUUCCCCCGAGUUCCCCUGAGUGUCCCCAGAGUCCUCCUGAGGGACCUUCCCAGUCUGCUCUCCAGGGUCCUGUGAGCACCUUCUCUAGUCCAUUGAGUCUUCCCCCGAGUUCCCCUGAGUGUCCCCAGAGUCCUCCUGAGGGGCCUUUCCAGUCUGCUCUCCAGGGUCCUGUGAACACCUUCUUCUCCAGUCCAUUGGGUCUUCCCCUGAGUUCCCCUGAGUGUCCCCAGAGUCCUCCUGAGGGGCCUUCCCAGUCUACUUUCCAGGGUCCUGUGAGCACCUUCUCCUCUAGUCCAUUGCGUCUUCCCCCGAGUUCCCCUGAGUGUCCCCAGAGUCCUCUUGAGGGGCCUUCCCAGUCUGCUCUCCGGGGUCCUGUGAGCUCUUUCUUCUCCUCCACUUUAUUGAACCCAUCCAGGGAAGAGUCCAGCAGCCCAGUAGAUGAAGAUACAAGUCCCUCAGACACCUUACUAGACAGCGAGUCCUUGACAGUCACUGAGCCCUUGUUUACUUAUACACUAGAUGAAAAGGUGGAUGAGUUGGUGCGGUUUCUUCUUCUCAAAUAUCAAGCAAAGGAACCUGUCACAAAGGCAGAGAUGCUGACGAUUUUUGUCAACAGGCACACAAGCUAUUUUCCUAUGAUCUUCAGGAAGGCCCGUGAGUUCCUAGAGAUUCUUUUUGGCAUUGUCCUGACAGAAGUGGGCCCCGACUACUAUGUCUUUGUAAACACAUUAGACCUCACCUGUGAAGGGAGUCUGAGUGAUGAGCAGGGCAUGCCCCAGAAUCGCCUCCUGACACUUAUUCUGAGUAUAAUCUUCAUAAAGGGCUCCUGUGCCUCUGAGGAGGUCAUCUGGGAUGUGCUGAGUGGGAUAGGGGUAUAUGCUGGAAGGGAGCACUUCAUCUUUGGGGAGCCCAGGGAGCUCCUCACUAAAGUUUGGGUGCAGAAAUGUUACCUGGAGUACCGGCAGGUGCCCAACACUUCUCCUCCAUGUUAUGAAUUUCUUUGGGGUCCAAGAGCCCAUUCAGAAAUCAGCAAGAGGAAAGUAGUAGAGUUUUUGGCCAUGCUAAACAAUACCGUCCCUAGUUCCUUUUCAUCCUCAUACAAGGAUGCUUUGAAACAUAUAGAAGAGAGAGCCCAGGCCACAAUUGGCACCACAGAUGAUUCCACUGUCACAGACAGUGCAAGCUCCAGUGUCAUGCCCCCCAGCGCCUCCUGAGUGAAGUCAAAGGCAGAAUCUUCCUUUUGAGUGUGAACAGCGCAGGCGAGUUUCUAUGUGGUGGAGGGCCUAGGUGAAGCUGGAGAGAAUACAGUGUUGUUUGCUUUUCUGUUCCAUAUAGUAGUUAAGGGAUUUACCUGUUUUACUUUGGGGUAUUUUUCAAAUGCUUUUCCUUUUAAUAACAGGUUUAAAUAGCUUCAGAAUCUUAGUUUAUGAAGUUUAUGAAUAUUAGUCACACAUGUAUUGCUGUUUAAGUGGUUUAGGAGUAACAGUUUGAUAUUUUGUAAAACACACACACACACACACACACACACACAAAAUUG